ACGACAAAGUUUGCAAGUGCUUUAGACAUACCUGUGAAGUUUAUAGAAAAGAAUGUGAAGCUGCGGGGAAAAUUACAUCACGUAACUGAGAAAGGCCUGGAAGUUGAACACAUUCCCAUUAGCAUCCCUUUCCUUGCAUCCAUACAGAGAAAAUGGCAGUCAAAAGGCCUGCUGCUGGUACGGCUGGCUGGAGUGGAGUUGGCUCCGAGCGGCAUGGCCUGGUUACAGCAGGAGUUAAAACCCAAACAAACGCUCUGGUUCCAGCUUCUCGGGAGGGAGGACUUGGCACUCGAGUGCCUUGUUUUGGUAAAUAAGGGUCGAUUUCUCAGCGUGUGCUUAAACGAAGAGAUCUUGAGGCAGGGGCUUGGCAGAACAGCACGCAUUGAAGGGCUGCGUCACGAUUCCCGCCUGUACUGGAAACUUCACAGAAGGCUGCUUCGAGCAGAGUUAAAAGCCUCAAGGAAAAACAAGGGAAUAUGGAAAGAAGAAAGCUACUCUGAGAGAAUUCGAGAUCGU